AUGAAUACUACUAUGACUACUGUGGAUAAUUCAAAAGCAUCUUCGUGUUCAUCAGUUGGUGCUACCUUCAAUCUUCGUUUAUUGGUUAUUUUUAACCCAGUUCAGUAUUAUCAGGUUGUUAAUUCGCUAAAUACAAUUUCAACAACCAAUACUCUGGAAAAUUUUCAAACCAUGGACGAUUUCAAAACUCAGAUAAGAAAAUGUUCCCCACUACCAAAUGUAACAAAUUCACCAAUAAAUCAUAACGGAGAUGGGAUUUGUAAACCGAAGAAGCAUAGUUUACCAAUGAGUAUUAGCAUACCUAAUGAUCUUGUCAUCAGUGCGGAUAAUUUACAAUCAUCUCCAACUGUAUUACUCCCAACGAAAACCAUAGCACCUGGUUCUUCAUUUCCUAUUAGUACAUUUACUACUUCUCUGCAGAAUAAUUCACUAGGACGUCGAGGACAAAAUUGUCAUUCUUUAUCAUAUACUGCUGUAAAACGAUCAUCACAUAGUGCAAACACUUCACCAACUCGAUUGUCUAAUCAUCAUGAAGAUAAUCAAGAGUAUUUUAAGAAAACUACAGAUAAUAAUAAACAGUCAAUUACUUCUCAAUCACAAUUUCAUAAUAACAAUUUAUCUAGACCGUAUGAACAGCAUUCAUCUACAGAGAAGUUAAACAAUUCUAGAAAUACUGAUAAUAUUAAUUAUUCUAACUCAAUGCAGAGAUCAUCAUCACAACCUGAUUUAGUUAUGAUGAAUGACAUCACCUCUUCGAAAUAUCAUCCUGCAUUCAAUGAAUAUUUUGUUCAUCAUCAUCAUCAUUUAAUUAAUGGUUUCGAUUAUUUAAGCACUAACGGAGGAGGAAAUAAUGCUAAUGGUGAUAAUUUAUCAGUGAUACGUGUAUGGCGAUCCAGUGACAAUGGAAAAGAUCAUUCAAGUAAAUUAAUUAUACUACCACGUAGACAAACUAAUGCAUGUGAAGCUACACGUUUAUGCAUUGAAGAAUUUGGUAUACCAGAGGAGGAUCAAAAUUCUUAUUGCUUAUACCAUGUCACUGUUGAAUCUGGACCGAUUGUUAAACAAAGUCGUCUAGCUAACAUAGUGGAUGAUUUAGCUGGACGACUUACUUUAAAUUCAAGAUAUUAUUUGAAAAAUUUACGUAAUCAUGAUCCUUUGAUUGCUGAUGAUAUUGCAAAGUCAAUUCUUGCUGAAAGUCGUGUUACAUUCACACAGCUUCCACCAGAAGAGUUAGCUGCUCGUUUAACUCUAGAUGACUAUGAAGUAUUUCGUACUGUCCAAUCAACGGAAUAUAUUGAUGAAGUGUUUGGACUUAGUAAUACAUGUGUUGAUAAUGUAUCUACAACUACUAGUAAUAGUGGAGCUCCAGUUGGAAGUGGUAAUGGCAAUAAUUCUGGAUAUGCGACGGGUCAUGAGAACUUGGAUCGGUUCACGGAUCUAGUCAAUCGAGAAGCAUAUUGGGCUCCUACAGAGAUUUGCAAUGAAAGUAAUUUAAAUCGACGAGUUGAUUUGUUGAAACGCUUCAUUAAGCUUGCCAAAUUAUGCCGUGAACUACGUAACUUCAACACCAUGUUUUGUCUACUUGUUGGAUUACAUCAAACAUGUGUUGAACGAUUAAAACAGACCUGGGAACGUCUACCGAAUAAAUAUCAGAAAAUCUAUCGUGAUCUAAGUAUGGUAUUGGAUACAUCUAGAAAUUUUCACCAUUAUCGUUCUCUUAUAUCAACGGAUAAUGCGUCUGCACCAAUGUUACCAUAUUUACCACUAGUAUUAAAAGAUCUGACAUUUAUUCAUUUGGGUAAUCCUUCUCGUACACCUGAUGGACUGAUCAAUUUUGUGAAGUUACGCAUGCUUGCCAAAGAGGUACGUGCUAUUUGUCGAAUGUGUAAUGUGGAUUAUGAUUUGUGUACUACUACACAACGUAAUCGAGUUACCGGUGGACGUACACGUGCCGGUGUCAAUUUAAGUGCAGUUAAAGCAGUUGCUGCUGUCUCAUCAAUUAAUCCAAAAUCAUACUUUUCCAAUAUUACAUCUUCGGUUAAUAAUAAUACUAAUAAUGGUGCAGAUUCAAGUUGGUCAGAUUAUGAUAUAGUCGAGGUUAAACUCAAUAACUUCAAUACUGUUGAUGAAAGCAAACAACAACAUCAAAAUCGGGAAAAGAAACCAAACCUUGACAUCAAUCCGACUACAAAUGCCAGUAAUACAAAUGUUAACGCUAGCGGUGCCAACGCUGGGUACAAGCGUAAUCAUCAACAAGGGAGUUCUGUAACUUCUGUUUCUAGUGGAAAUUUAAACUUGGGUUUGCCUAUACCUACUCCUAUCAUAAGUACUGGUGGUGGUGGAGGAGGAGGAGGAGGUAUCCGAAGACGAUCUAACUUGGGCAUAAUCUCAUCUUCAAUCAAUCCAAAAAAGAUUUAUGAAAGUUGGCUUAUGACUUUACGUAUUCGUACUUAUUUAGCCAAUUUAAAAGUUGUUCAAGACCCAGAAUUACUGUCUCAAAUGUCUACACGUUUAGAGCCUGGAGCAAAAGAUUCAAAAAUUAUGCAACCCCUUACAACGUCUACUGCAGGAGGAGGAACUUCCGCCACAAGUGGAGGGAAUGAAUUACAACAACUUGAUGUAUGCAGUUUGUCAUCUGACAACACUACAGAGUUGAAAGAUUCGAAGUUGUCUACAAAAAAUUCUGCGCAACCUGUCACAGUGGAUACAAAUUCAAACAAGAAAUGUUCACCAAAAGUUGUAUUUGCAUCAACAGGUCCUGUAUCAUCAUCAUCACCAACAACAACAAUAACAACAUCGUGUUCAGCAUCUACAGUCUCAGGUGGCACAUUUACUCGUCCAAUUUUAGGUGCACAAUCAAUUGAAGAUGCCCGUAAGUUAUUAGCUCUAAGCGAAAAUAGCAGACGUUCAUCUCAGCGACGCUUACCAGCAUUCACAUUUCCAAACCACCAUCAUAAUCAUAAUAGUAAUAAUACUAACGCUAACCAACCAAUAUUUAUUACACCACCGCUUGGAUCAUAUGCUGGAAUCGGAUUUGGACAGUUAAAAUCACAUAACAAUCAUAAUGCAUCAUCUCAUCAUAUGCAUAACAAUCUUAUUCAAGUGUCAACUAACCCACAGAUUUCUUCUACAUCUGGAAAUCCUAAUGUUGUCAUCUCCACAUGCUCUAACCACUUACACCAUCAUCAUUACAGCCAUGCUCAUCCUCGUUAUCCACAGGGGGCACGAUGUUAUUCCACUUCUGCAGGUACAAUGGGGAGUAAAAGUCUACUUCUAGAUAAUCUCAUCCCAAUGCCAUCCCGGAUAACAGGGACUGGAGGAAAUCCUAAUAUGAAUAAUAGUAGUAGCAGUAAUAAUGGGAACGCUAAUUCUGCAUCAAAUCAAAUUUAUGCCCUGCUGCCAAAUCAAAGACAUCCUUCUCAUCUUCAGCAGCAGUUGCAACAACCUCAUUAUCAUCCUUUAACUUAUCACCAAGCUUCAGCAUCUCCACCUCAUAAUAGGAGUCAGCCUACAACAAAACACCAAUAUGUUGUACAAACAACCAAUCAGAAUACAAAUUAUCACUAUCAACAACAACAACAGAACCUUCAGUCCCGGUCAAAUCAUUUUGGACCUCGUCCAACACCAAAGUCGAAUUCUGUUUGUACGGGGUCGCAUCAAUCUUGUCAAGGUAUUUCCUCACAACAACAAAUGUCUUGUACAUAUUGGCAUCCUAAUUCAACCGGAGGAUCCUACACUGCACAACAGAACCAACAGGUGACAGUAUCAUCAGCUCGAUCCAGAGAACAACCAUCGUUACAACAGCAAAAGCAACAGCAACAACAAAAUUUAGCUUCAUUUACCUCUGAUGAGAACUACUUAUAUCCUACUGCAAAUACGCAUCCUAUUGGUGGUCCGGUGUUAUCUAUACCUCGUCAUUAUAGACAGUCCACUAUACAAAGAAUAAACCCACAAUAUUUAAAUGCCAAGCCUACUCGCCCACCACCAUAUGAAGUAGCUCUUGCUCUAAGACAUCCUCAAAAUGACAAUGUACAACGUGUACAACAGUCACCGAAACACGAUACGUCUAUAACUCGUCAUGAAAAUAAUUAUCGUAUCGCAAAUAAUUUAUCGCCUGGUAGUAAACAGCGACCGAGUGGACAUAUUUCGAUGAUACAGGCUCAAAAUCUUAAGUUGGAAACACCAUCAUUUAAUACGAAACAACCAUCUGAUAUAUAUUCCCAACAGCCUGCAAACUAUUCAUUAUCCUCUAGACCACCUGAAAGAAAUAAAUCCUCUACAGUCUGCCAAUCACCACAACAACGAACACAACAAAGACCUUCUCCACCAUCUUAUCAGCAGGUUUUAUCCAUGACAAGACAAGGGAAUAAUCAAGGAUCUUUAAAAAUUAUUUCUGCUCAAUCUCAUCCACAUUCAGAUCAUUAUCAACCGAAUGGACGCCCACAACCUCCACAAAGAACAAUGGCUACACUUUCAUCAAAUUGUAAUCAUGCUAAUUUUAGAGCUUCAUCAGCUAGUCCUGGCAUAACUAUUGUUCGUCCAAUUGUUAAUGAUCUUAAUUCUGUUGAACCGCGUCAAAGGCACGUAGUCAGAUCGACCCAGAAGACAACCUUCCAGUAA